ACAAGAAGUCUAAAUUCAGCUAGAUUCUCGGACAUGCUCCGCCGCGCAAGCUAUCGGUCAAAAUGAAAUUUUAAUUCGGUUGAAUAUUAAGCAGGGUUUGAGCUUUACGUAGAUUUGUUCUUGCUUGGCGCGUUGCUGAAUCUGGAAUCUGAGUUUACAAGUAAAAUGGCUGGUCGCCGUUCUGAAAGAUCAAAAAAACCUGUUGAAUAUUCCAAGUUUAAUGGCGAAGGUGACAAAUGUGAUAAAGAUUCGGAUGAUGAUUUCGCUGACCCAACCCCACCUCGGAAAAAGACAAAGAAGCCGGAGAAAAGCAGGGAAUCGAGAAAGGAGAAAAAAGACGAAAAACCUGUUCAAAGGAAAUCAAGAAACAGAUUAUCAGAAGAAGAAAAAUAUCAGCAAGAAUUAGAAAAAGCUUUGAAAAUAUCUAUGACAUCAACAGAAAGGGAUGCCGCCUCCCAAAAAAUGAAAACUUCUGAUGUGGAAAAUAUUUCUCAAGAUAUUGUGGAAUCUCAAAAUAUUUCGAUAAAAUCUGAGUCCCAGAAAACAAUAGAAUCAACAACCGACACUCAGAACUCACGCCUCGUUCAAGCUGAUGUUCUGGAUUCACCGAAUACAAAACUUAUACAAAGGGCUGCUAUGAAAGCUUCUGAAGAUUCUGAGAGAAAUCUCAACAAAGAAGCUAUUGUAAAUGGAGCAGCUUUGAUGAACGAAGACACAAUUGUAAUUGACCCGGUUGAAGAUAAUGAAGAAAAGGGGAGAAGAAAAAGUGGGCGGAAUAGGGAAAAUAUAAAAAAGAAACAAGAUGAAGAAGAGUAUGAAAUGAGUGGUGAAAGCGAGUCUGAAGAUGAAAUUUCAUCGGAAGAUUGUAGCAAUGAGAGUGAUUAUGAGGAGACACCGAAGAAAAAAGUUAAAACAAAAAAGCAAACAAUGAAAAAGAAAGAAAACAAAAUUAUUGCAACAAAAGCUGCACCCAAGAAAACAGAGACAAAGCCAGCUAUGACUUCUGUCAGAAACAAGGGUUCAUCCAAUAAAGAAAACAAACCAAUGCUAUCUCCUCAGAAACUCACACCAGUUCUCAAGAAAACAAUGAAACCUAUAGCAACACAAUCACUGCCAACAACACCUAAAACCUCUUCGAUAAUCAGGAAAUCUCCUAUAUUAACUUCACAUAAACAGCCAGGAAAGUUUAUCCAGUCAGGAUGGAUGCCUCCAGGGCCUGCGGGAGCAAAAUCCAACAUAUUGAAAUCUCCCCAAUCACCCAGUGUUAUACGAGUUGGACUCUCAAGGAAUGUUCGAUUGCCUCCACUACAUCCAAGAGUCAAUGUAAAAUGAGCAGUUAUGACAAGAAAAACCAAACUGUGACACUGCUGGGGCUGGCUCCUCAUCGUCACCAAGGCCUGUGUAUUCCGAGUAAGGGCAAUAUGUCCACUACAUCAAAGAGUAAAUGUAAAAUAUGACAACAAAAAUAUACCCAAGAAUAUUAGACCUCUGACACUGUCAAGCGGCACCCCCAUUUUCGGGGAAUUAUCUGCAAUGAACUGUGGAAUUAUUCAGUAGAUUCUCAACUGUAUCAGAGCGUAGCGUUAAAGCCACUAUUCGAGCUAAUUCCUAUUAACUUCUUGUAAUUUUCUUUAGAUGAAUUGGGCCUAAUCAAUCGCACGCUAAUCUUAUUGUCAUGUGACCUCAAUUCAAGGUGUUGUCUGUCCAAUAUUCAACUUGGCUGGUUUGGGGUGUUAACUAAACACCAUAACCAUCAUUUCCGAUGCUAGUACAAAUACAUGACCAGCCUACUAAUUAAUCAUACUCUGUAAAUAUUGUAUAUAUUUGUUAUUAAUAUUUUUUAAAUAUAGUUUUUGUUGCUGAAA